AUGUCCAAAAACUCAAGUGAGAUACUCCAAGACUUAUCUCCCUUGUUGCGAGUUUACAAAAAUGGCCGAGUCGAAAGACUGAUUGGUACAGAUUGCGUGCCACCAUCGGUAGAUCCUGCCACCGGAGUUCAAUCAAAAGACGUCAAGAUUGCACCAGAACUUAACCAUACCGCCUCUCUAAAACCUCCUCCGGCCAAGGUUCUAAUCAUGAGCAGAUCAGGCCAGCCUCCGGAUCUUAAAAAGUACAUGGACAAGAAGUUGCAAAUCAAGCUGAAUGCGAAUCGGAUGGUGGUUGGAACACUUCGUGGUUUUGAUCAGUUUAUGAACUUGGUGGUGGACAACACUGUCGAAGUGAAUGGCAAUGAGAAAAAUGAAAUUGGCAUGGUGGUCAUCAGGGGAAAUAGUGUAGUCACUGUUGAAGCACUUGAACCCCUUUAUGACACCAGAGGAACCUCUAAGAUUUACUUAAAAUAUGCUGUUGUGAGAAUUAUCCACUUCAAUAUUCCGUAUUUAGCAGCUCCUUGUGGCUUAUGA